AACUGAGACGUGUAGGUCUGGUGGGUUGUAAAGGUUCAGAAAAGACUGUUCUGCUGCCCGGUGCUACUUGGAAGACCCCGGGCUCCUUCCCCACGACCUUCCCGUUCUAGCCGCCUGCUACCUCGUUGGGCCUUUCUGCCUCCCGGGUGCUAGGUGAGCAUCCGAGUGGGACCUCUGGCCCCAGGUUUCAGAGAAGAUGACAGAGGAACUGGAUCUCAUGGGACAGGACUCUGAUGGGGGUAGUGAGGAGGUGGUCCUAACUCCUGCAGAGCUCAUUGAAAGGCUGGAGCAAGCUUGGAUGAAUGAAAAGUUUGCCCCUGACCUGCUGGAAAGCAAGCCUGAAAUUGUAGAAUGUGUCAUGGAACAGUUAGAUCACAUGGAAGAAAAUCUCAGGAGAGCAAAGAAGGGGGACCUGAAGGUCAGUGUCCAUCGGAUGGAGAUGGAGAGGAUCCGCUAUGUCCUCAGCAGCUACUUGCGGUGUCGGCUCAUGAAGAUAGAGAAGUUUUUCCCCCAUGUCCUUGAAAAGGAGAAAACACGUCGUGAGGAGGAGCCUUCUAUCCUUUCUCCAGCAGAGCUUGUCUUUGCCAAAGAGUACAUGGCUAACACAGAGACCUAUCUAAAGAAUGUUGCCUUGAAGCACAUGCCUCCGAAUUUACAGAAAGUAGACCUCUUGAGGUCAGUUCCCAAACCGGAUCUAGAUUCAUACGUGUUUCUGAGAGUGAAAGAGCGACAAGAAAACAUUCUGGUAGAACCAGAAACAGAUGAGCAGAGGGACUAUGUGAUUGACUUGGAAGAAGGCUCACAGCACUUGAUCCGGUAUAAAACCAUUGCGCCUCUAGUUGCUUCUGGAGCUGUACAGCUAAUUUAAAACCGAAAAAUAAACAAACAAUGAAGACAUGGAGCCUUAGAAUAUUUAGAAACUUCGUAUACCGCUUCGUGCCUAAGGACAGUAGACUUCUCAGCAGCACGGUGGGUCGCCUGGGCACUAGGAGGCGCUCGGGGCGGGCUCCUGACUCCCCGUGCGUCCUGGCUCUCUGCUGUUGCAGCUGGAAUCAGCAGAUGGGGCCAUCGCUCUGUUCAGCCCGCACGGCGGGCAAGUGUGCGACUUUCCUGGGUGCACCUUUUCCCAUAUGUUUUUUUUUUUUUGGACUAAGGAAAGGGAGGCAAAGAUAAUUCAUAAAAAGGCAUCACUGCCUGUAAUUGGGGGACAGUGGUUAGCACUGACCUGGUAAUGGCCGGGGAGUUCACGUCACCAUCUUGGUAGAAAGAGUGUAAGUAGAUUAAAGAAAACAGCCGUGGCCUUCUCUGAUCUGUCUCUAAAUUGUAUAAACUUUUCGGAACCUCUAAUGUUGGGCUUGAAACUAAUCUCUGUCAUGCUUCACUGAGAAUCAAAACUAAACCAGUAAAUCAUUAUCAAGUUUCGGUUUGUGGCAGAAGGAGCCUCAAGACAGGUCUCAGCUUGUGGUCCCACACAUUACGUUCUCCCUGCUGCUGACCCGCAUGCAGCCUUUUCUGAAUCUCGGGCAGCUUCGCCGAGCCACCUCCCGGCCAUCUGCUCACCCUUGGCCAAGGCUCUGUCGACAGAGGGACAUUGAUAUCCGGUACUGUGACCUCAGAAGCGACUUUUCUUUUUUAAGCUCUUUACUUUCUCAAGGGAAAUGGAUGAAAUUAAACCAAUGAGUGGAGACGAUCACCCUGAAGGAGGAAUGAUACCCGAAGAGGGAAUGUGAGCAGUGAAUGAAUCAUCUUUCCUUGCAAAAUGAUGAAAAGCAGCCUGCAUUCCCGUCUUCCUGAAAAGGCAGGAAUUUUUAUAUGUGUGAUAUAGGCUAUUGGAGUAAUUGAUGUAAUAUUUGCUAUGAUUUUCAAGAGAAGUCUUUAAGUGAAAGCAAGGAAAAUUUUAUGAA